AUGGCCACCGAGGGGAACAUCGCUCUUCGGCAGCGAUACGACCUUUUGAAGGGCGCAGAACACCAUAAAAACGCUCUCAUCGAGGAACUUUUACGCCGUCUAGAUGAACUUACUGAGGAUUUUCACCAAGAAAAGCUGGAUCAUGCCCGGGAAUCUCACUUUAAUCGUGAAGUUCAGCUCCAAGAAAUCCAGUUGCGAGACGAGCUGCGUAAAUACAAAGCUCUCAUGGACCGGGAUGCUUUUAUCCUGGUACUAAUAGAUGGUGAUGGCAUGAUUUUUGACGAUAGACUUGUUCAAAUUGGCGAGGCUGGGGGACGAGAAGCCGCUGGUCUGCUCUGGAACGCGGUCAUGGACCAUUUCCAAACCGACACAGACUUACCAUCCGACGUUAAAAUUGUCACAAGGAUAUAUGCCAAUCUGAAAGGCCUUGGCGAUGUCUGCAAAAGGUCAGGUAUAUUAACUACGUCGUCCGCGAUUGAGGACUUUGCGCGAGGAUUUACCGGAAGCAAGCAAUUAUUCGACUUUGUGGAUGUUGGUGUUGGUAAAGACCGUGCUGAUGACAAAAUAUCUGAAAUCUUCAAGCUUCAUCUCUACGACUCUCACUGCCGGCGCAUUCUCUUUGGAUGUUCCCACGAUAACGGCUACGCUCGAUUACUGGAGGAUGUUCCUGAUAAACCAAUUCGCGAUCAGAUUACCCUUUUGGAAGGCGUUCCAUUUGAAAGAGAGCUAUUCCAGCUGAAAUCAACCUAUCGUACAACAAGAUUCGAGGGACUGUUCCGUGCUACAAAAAUCAACGUUUACAAUCAACAGUAUCCUCAGCCCCCGGGGUUACCACCGCCUCAAGUGCAGCUAACAGCGGGAUUACCCCCCUACCAGUCACCAUAUCAACCGGGCAUUGCACGUACAAUCUCCGCAUCGCCCUCGGCGCCACUGAAUCCAGCGGCUCCCACAUGGGCUUCCGCCGCAAUGACGGCGCCUUCCCAAAUGGCUUCACCCCCCCCCACGCCUCAGCCAACUGCAAAUGUCACCAAGCAAGUGCUUCGCAACCGCUACGGCCAGCGGAUCGACACUAUCAUGUCCUACGAUCCAAAUGAAGUCAAGCGCAUCAAAAAACUCAAGAUGUGUAACGUCCACUUUUUACGAGGUGAUUGUCCUUACGACCCAUGUACCCACGAUCAUUUCUACAAACCCAACAAGAACGAGAUGGCGACGCUCAAGUAUGUAAGUCGUAUGACGCCUUGCAAAUUUGGUAGCGAGUGUGAUGAUCUGAAGUGCAUAUACGGGCAUCGAUGCCCCAACGAUGUCGAAGGAAAGAAGGAUUGUCGUUGGGGUGAGAAUUGCCGCUUUGAGAGGGAGUUGCAUGGGCUCGAUAGGGCCGUUGUCAAGACUCUGAAAGUAGGAAAGUAG